ACAAGAAUGACAUUUUACACCACAAAGUAAGUCAGGACUUACACUGUCAUCAAAGACAUUUUAAUGCUCAGAACCAACGUCCUACUUUGACCUACAUCAGAAUUUCUUAGUACAAACUAAAUAACUUUGAAACAAUGGAGCAUCUUCCACAGACGAAAGGCAAGGGAGUCCUGAUGUUUGCCAAAAGGCGUCAAAGGAUGGAUGAGAUUUCUGCAGAACAUGAGGAAAUGAGACGAAAAGGCAUACCAGUUGAUGCAAUUGUGGAAACAGAAAGGGAAAUUGUAAUGCCUCCUCCUCAAGAAAGUAAACCUCCACAAGAUUUCUAUGCAAGGCAAGAACAGCAUUAUCAAGGGCAGUCAUUUCAGCAACAGAUGUUGCAACAAUCAGCAAAUAGCAUGAAUGGUCUGGAUCCAUACCAAGGUUCGGCUGUUCCCAAACCCCUUGUGUCCAACAGAACUGCUAAACCCUUCCUUGGCGGUCAUAAUCAAGGCCAAAAAACUUUUUCACCCGUUAGAGGUGUCUCAAGUCCAACAUCUAAGAAACCUGAAAACAUAUUCAAGGUUCCUGUUCCGGUAAACACAACACCACAUGUUUGGUCUCCCACAUCAGACGUCAUUGCUUCUCGUGAUGAACGUAUUGCCAUUCCUGCUAUUAAGACAGGGAUCCUGCCAGAAACAAAAAGGAGAGGAGCAAACAAGUCAGACUUGAAAGAAAGGCCUCUACAUCAAAAGAAAAGAGAUGAAAAGUCCUUAACAGAGUUCGUUCAAGAGGAGGACUUUCUCAGUCUAGGCGCGGAAGCAUGCAAUUUUAUGCAAGCUCCAACAGUCAAGCAGAAAAACCCUCCACCUGUUCUACCUAAACCUGUUAUUAACCCAGCUCACCCUCCCUGGUCUGCAGAGGGUCAUGCCAUUUCAGCGAGCCACCUAAUGACAUCAAGUUCAGCUCAAGCAAUGGGGCACAAUCAGGUGCAGGCGGUCCAAACUAAACAGCACCCUGCUGCAGCCUGGACUCCAGAACCACAUCAGACACCACAUAAACUUCGUGCUGGUCCCUCCAAAUCCAAAAACCCAUGGAUAAAGUCACAAAGCGAAGAGAACUCUGUUGCUUCUUGCCCACCCCAACAUCUUAACACAUACCUUCCGGCAUCGAAGGCUCCAUCAGCUUCUCCUCAGGAGUAUUCAUCAGAAACAGGUGCAUCUGAGGGUCUGAACCUUAAAGGAAAAGGAGCUGAACUGUUUGCACGGAGACAAACCCGUAUGGAAAAAUUCAUAGUGGACAAUGAGACUGUGCGAACCAAUAAGGUCAGACCCUCAUCACCAACGCUUUCAAUGCCAAGCACCUGGAAGUACUCUUCUAACAUCCGUGCACCACCUCCAGUGUCCUACAAUCCGAUUUUAUCACCCUUUUAUCCCCUUGCAGCAGUUAAACAACCCCCACCUGCGACUAGUCCAAAGACAAAGCCGAAGGUAAACAAGGAGAAGAAAAAUCCUCCCCCCAAACAUCUCAAUGUUCUGGAUGUCAUGAAACAUCAGCCUUACCAGCUGGAUUCUUCCCUGUUUACCUACAACUUUACACCAGAGGUUAAAGAAGUAGUUUCUCCUAAAGACUCAAAACCAACUUCUGCAAAUAGUUCUUCCAAAAUUUCACAAGCAGAUAAGCAAUAUCCAUCUAAAGCCACUGGAGAGGUAAGUGCUGCAUACCCGUUUGUCCGCCAGACUACAUCAAAUGAGACUGCUGCUGUUUCCCCACAACAGUUUGAUGGAAAACAACUAAAUAUAUAUGAUGGUCUUAGAAACAAAGGUAUCUUCAGUGCCCGUCUGCCUCCUGGUAGCUCUGGUGACAAUGUUUCUGUAGGGUCUUCUGCACUUGACAAUAAUCAAUAUGCUUCACGAUCUGUAUUACCAGUUGCCCCAAGACCAAAGUUUUCAGCCAAAAAGUCAAACAUGACAGGAAAGCAAUGGAAACCGAUGAUUUUGCAACAUUAAUUGAGCUUUAAAAUGGUCAUGACAUGGUGUUAAUUGAUUUCAAUUAAAUGUUUUCAUUUACUUGGUCAUCAAAAGACUUUAAAUAGUUGCUUCUAGGUUAAUGCUCGAUUCUUUCGAGAUCAAUGCAUAGUACUUGCAAACAUUUCUGUAAUUUAGGGUAUAAAGGGAUUUGAUUAGAUUAAUUCUCUUGAUUUCAUGAGCUUCACAAUUUUCCAUGUGAUACAAAUGGAAGUGGAAUUUAUUUUUAAACUGUUUUUUUUAGAAAGAGAGUGAUAGCAAAUAUCAAAUCUGUUCCCUUUUCCCAAUGAAAUAAUCUGUGCUAGCAUUACAUGAAAUAUUUAGGUUCAGUUUCAGAGCAAUACACAAAAUAUUUAUCCCCUUAGCCAUAUCAUUGGAUAUUAGGUUUGGAACUUUUUCACAGAUUGCAUUUCAACAAGGUUGUAUUUUAGACAACAUCAGACAUUUUUUAACAAUGUUUUAUUUUGUUUUCUUUGGAAACUCGGGCCAGCCUAAAAUAUAAUUCAGAGAUAUUAAUGAUAAUUAUGUGUUUUGUAAAUUAUAAAUUAUUUGUAAUGUGUUUAGCAGACUCUGCUGUUCAAAUACUGAUAAAAAGACGGGUGUACAGAAUUUGCUUAUUCGUUUGUAUCAAGUCAAAUAUGAUUCUGAACUGUAUUCUUUUCUGGUUUCUUCUUUUCUUGAUAUUUCAAAAUUAUUGCACUGCCUGAUCCUUCUCUUUAAUAAAAUGUUCCAUCUUUCUUUG